AUGCAGAGAGUCCUAAUCGUGGGAGGCGUGGCCGGUGGGGCAAGCUGUGCGGCUCGCCUGCGCCGCCUCUCAGAGGCAGCGCAGAUCAUGAUGUUUGAGCGUGGAAAUUACGUGUCUUUCGCCAAUUGCGGCCUGCCGUACCACGUCGGAGGCGUGAUCCCCGAGGAGAGCAGCCUGCUGGUGGCUAAUGUGGCGAAAUUCAACAACUGGUUCAACGUGGACGUGAAGAUCAACACCGAGGUUGUGGCAAUCGACCGUGCGGCGCGCAAGGUGACGGCCCGCGACGGCGGCACGGGCCAGGAGGCACAGUACGAGUACGAUGCGCUGGUGCUGGCACCCGGGGCCGCCGCCAUCCGGCCGACGCUGCCGGGGAUCGACCUGCCCGGCAUCUUUGCCAUGAAGACCAUCCCCGACGUGCGCCAGGUCAAGCAGUGGAUUGCGCAGACGAGCGCCAAGUCGGCGGUGGUGGUGGGCGGCGGCUUCAUCGGCCUUGAGAUGGCCGAGAACCUGAUGCACCUGGGCCUGGACACGAGUGUGGUGGAGAUGCUGCCGCAGGUGAUGCCGCCAUUUGAUGCGGAGAUGGUGGAGCCGCUGCACGCCCACAUGCGCGCCAAGGGCUGCAAGCUGCACCUGGGGGACGGCGUGGCGGGCUUUGAGCAGGGGGCGGGCGGCAAGGGGCUGGUGGUGAAGACACAGAGCGGCGCCGCACACCCCGCAGACCUGGUCAUGCUGGUGAUUGGCGUGCGGCCCGAGGUGGGGCUGGCCAAGAGCGCGGGGCUGGAGCUGGGGCCGCGCGGCGGCAUCAAGGUGGACGACCACAUGCGCACCUCGGACCCACACAUCUAUGCGGUGGGAGACGCGGUGGAGGUCAAGGACUGGGUGACGGGGCAGCCGGCCCUCAUCCCGCUGGCGGGCCCCGCCAACCGCCAGGGCCGCAUCGCGGCAGACGUGAUCAUGGGCAAGGAGCCCAGCAAGUUCCGCGGCACGCAGGGCACGGCGGUGGUGGGGGUGCUGGGCAUGACGUGCGCCAGCACCGGCGCCUCGGAGCGCACGCUGAAGCGCGCGGGGCUGGCGUACGAGAAGGUUUACGUGCACGACGGCAAGAUCCUGGGGUGCCAGGCCACGGGGGUGGUGGCGGGGGUGGAGAAGCGGGUGGAUGUGGUGGCCAUGUGCAUGCAGAUGGGUGGCACGGUGUUCGACCUGGAGGAGGCGGAGCUGUGCUACGCGCCGCAGUACGGCAGCGCCAAGGACCCCGUCAACAUUGCGGGAAUGGCGGCGGCCAACAUCGUGCGCGGCGAUGCGUUGUACACCAGCUGGAAUGGCUCGGUGCCGGGCGCGCUCAACCUGCCUCUGAGCAGCCUGCGCAAGCGCAUGGGCGAGGUGCCCGCCGGCAGGAAGCUCUACGUCUACUGCCAAGUGGGGCUGCGCGGCUACUACGCCACCCGGCAGCUGCUGCUAGCGGGGCAUGAUGCGGUGAACAUCAGCGGCGGCUACAAGUCCUACAAAGACUUCAAGGCGUCGCACCAGCUGCAGGGAGGGGCCGCCAACGGGGCCGCCAACGGCGCCAAGCUCUGA